AUGCAGAAACCAGAUAACUCUUCAAUUAACAGUUUUAAUGUCGAUGGAAUAACACACUUUGAAGUUAUAAAGAGUAAUAAAAGUUGGAAGAAGAUAAAUAAAAUCGAAAAGAAUUUCAAAAACUUAAUAGCGAUGAGAGGAGUGACUUUUGUUUACAAAAGGGAUACGUUUUGGAGAACAUGGCGAGAUGUGGACUACAAAAUGUCUCACAAAACUAUUUUCUAUAAAUGUUCCAACAUUAUAAAUACUUCGUGCACCGGUUGUUAUGGCGGUGGAUUUUGGGUUAUUGAAGAAGAUCAAAUCCCAUGUCCGUAUGAGAUAUUUUCUAUGAUAAAUAAAAAUAAAGUAUGUGCCGUUAACUACACACAUUUGGAAAAAAUCGAUGAAUUAUGUCCUUCUGAGUUGAGUCUAUUCGAUCUUACGAUUUCCUGUAACAAUCCGAUUGUUACGCUGUAUCGAAUCACAAAAUCGUACAGUAAUUCGACUUCCGAACGCAACCACAGUGACAUUUGUGGAGGGCGGGAAUUUUGUGAGAUUUCAACCAUUUACAGGAUUUAUCAAGAUUACAUAACAUUUCAAAUUAUUAACUUAAACAAAGACGUAAUUUACUCCAAAGUAAUGAUGAAUAAUAACAAAACUUUUGCUUAUUUAAAUACUACACUCAACAUUUAA